AUGGGCAACGGACAGUCUGAGCGGCCUGGCCACGGACAGUCGGCGUAUGGACAGGCGCCGCCGACGCAGAAGCGACUGGAGCAGUUGGCGGGGGUGCUGCAGCAGAAGCAAGCCGAACGUCGCGCGUUCGAAACCGGGCGCACGCAGGGCCUGGUCACGGGGCGCGCGCUGGCGUCGCAGCCGCUGACGCGGACGGCCGCAGGCGAGGUGCCGCCGGGCGCCAUCGCGCAGGCGGUCUACGGGGCGCCGCCGGGAGCGGCGUUGGUGCAGCCCGGGUCGCGGCUGCCGAGCCAGGUGCCGGCUUCUUCGCCAUUCUACAACCCCUCAGCGCCGAGUCAGCCGCCGUACGGCCAGCCGCCGUAUGGACAGGGCGCCUUCGGCUACCAGGACGUGCCAUUGCUGACGCUCUACCCCAUCGGCGACCGGAGCCGCAAACUCUUCAGCACCAAUAAACGCCUAGUCACGAACGAACUCGCGCCCGUUUCCUGGAAGCGCAUCAACCUCGACGGCACGAACUCCCCUGUGAUGCAGGUGCCCGAAAUUGUCCACGCCGACGCCAUUCAUCAAGCCAUGUUCCCACCCGGCCGCUGGUGA